GCGUAUGGGUAGGGGGAGAAUAUCGCGGAGAGGCACAGUGCGAGAGCACCGCUGUUGCACAGUCCGCGACGCCGCACAGACACGCCGCGCCGGCAAUCCCCAGUGUGUCAGACUCGUGGCAGAGGCGCGCCCGCGCUCACGUAGACACGCACGGAUAGCGUUACAGACGACUACGACCACGACCACGACUACGAGGCUCGACCAACCUUGAACGAACGAGCGAACGAGAGACAGCAGUAGCAGACGGACGUAUACAUAUCUACGUAUCUGUGUGAGGCUCGAGGCAACAGCAGCAGGUCAGGAUGAACGACAUGGAGGCCUACGGCGACGGCUACAUGGAGCCCGAGGAGGAAUGGGAGCGCGAGGGACUGCUCGACCCCGCCUGGGAGAAGCAGCAGAAAAAAACCUUCACGGCAUGGUGCAACUCGCACUUACGAAAGGCAGGCACUGCCAUCGAAUCGAUCGAGGAGGACUUCAGGAACGGCCUGAAGCUCAUGCUCCUGCUCGAGGUCAUCUCGGGCGAGACCCUACCAAAGCCCGAUCGCGGCAAAAUGCGAUUCCACAAGAUCGCCAAUGUCAACAAAGCUCUGGACUACAUUGCCAGCAAGGGCGUCAAACUCGUGUCCAUUGGUGCCGAAGAAAUCGUUGACGGCAACCUCAAGAUGACCCUCGGCAUGAUCUGGACGAUAAUUCUGCGCUUCGCCAUCCAGGACAUCUCUGUAGAAGAGAUGACGGCCAAGGAAGGUCUGCUGCUCUGGUGUCAACGCAAGACCGCGCCUUACAAGAACGUCAACGUCCAGAACUUCCACCUCUCGUUCAAGGACGGUCUCGCGUUCUGCGCCCUCAUCCAUCGCCACCGACCCGACCUCAUCGACUAUCACAAGCUCAGCAAGGAUAACCCACUCGAGAACCUCAACACGGCCUUCGAUGUCGCCGAGAAGUACCUCGACAUUCCUCGCAUGUUGGAUCCCGACGAUCUGAUCAACACUCCCAAGCCGGACGAAAGGGCUAUCAUGACCUACGUAUCCUGCUACUAUCAUGCCUUCCAAGGCGCUCAGCAGGUCAACAUGCGUAACACAGCUAUGCCCGACGAGCGAGCCGUUAUGACGUACGUGUCGUCGUAUUAUCACUGUUUCAGUGGUGCUCAAAAGGCUGAGACAGCAGCCAACAGAAUCUGCAAGGUGCUGAAAGUGAACCAGGAGAACGAGCGUCUCAUGGAGGAGUACGAGCGUCUCGCUUCCGACUUGCUAGAAUGGAUCAGGCGCACGAUGCCGUGGCUGAACAGCCGUCAAACUGACAACUCUCUCGCCGGUUGCCAGAAAAAGCUCGAGGAAUACCGUACCUACAGGCGCAAGCACAAGCCUCCACGUGUUGAGCAGAAAGCCAAGCUCGAAACGAACUUCAAUACUCUCCAGACCAAAUUGAGGCUGAGCAACCGACCAGCCUAUAUGCCGACUGAGGGUAAGAUGGUCUCGGACAUUAACAAGGCCUGGAAGGGUCUCGAAACUGCCGAGAAGGCUUUCGAGGACUGGCUACUCUCGGAGAUGAUGAGACUCGAACGUCUUGAACAUUUGGCUCAGAAAUUCAAACACAAGGCCGACGCCCACGAGGACUGGACUGCCGGUAAAGAGGAGAUGCUCACCUCCCAGCACUUCAGACAGUGCAAGCUCAACGAGCUUAAAGCUCUAAAAAAGAAACACGAGGCCUUUGAAUCCGAUCUUGCCGCACACCAGGAUCGUGUUGAGCAGAUCGCAGCCAUUGCUCAAGAACUCAACACUCUGGAGUACCACGACAGUGCUUCCGUAAACGCGAGAUGCCAGAGAAUCUGCGACCAGUGGGACCGUCUUGGAACCUUGACCCAACGCAGGCGUCAAGCUCUCGACGAAGCCGAGCGCAUUCUAGAAAAGAUCGACGUUCUUCAUUUGGAGUUUGCCAAGCGAGCCGCUCCAUUCAACAACUGGUUGGACGGAACACGGGAGGAUCUCGUGGACAUGUUCAUAGUCCACACGAUGGAAGAGAUCCAGGGUCUUAUGGACGCCCAUUCUGCUUUCAAGGCUACCCUCGGCGAAGCCGACAAAGAAUACAAUUCCAUCGUCGGCCUGGUUCGCGAGGUUGAGUCCAUUGUUAAGCAGUUCCAAAUCCCUGGAGGACUGGAGAAUCCCUACACUACUCUUACUGCUUUGGACCUUACCAAGAAAUGGAGCGACGUCAGACAAUUGGUGCCACAGCGUGACGGCACUUUGGCUGCAGAGUUACGCAAACAACAAAACAAUGAGCUACUCCGUAGACAGUUCGCUGAGAAGGCAAACGCAGUUGGACCAUGGAUUGAACGACAACUGGAUGCAGUUACUGCCAUCGGUCUUGGAUUACAAGGUACACUGGAGGAUCAGCUGCACCGGCUAAAGGAGUACGAACAAGCGGUCUACGCGUAUAAGGCCCAUCUUGAAGAGCUGGAGAAGAUCCACCAGGCUGUACAAGAAGGUAUGAUCUUCGAGAACCGCUACACUCAGUACACCAUGGAAACACUGCGCGUCGGCUGGGAACAACUGCUUACUUCCAUUAACCGCAACAUCAACGAGGUCGAGAACCAGAUCCUCACGCGUGACUCCAAGGGUAUCACGCAAGAGCAACUAAGCGAAUUCCGUAGUAGCUUUAACCACUUUGACAAGAACCGAACGGGACGUCUGUCACCCGAAGAGUUCAAAUCAUGCCUGGUGUCGCUCGGUUACUCGAUCGGCAAGGACAGGCAAGGCGAUAUCGACUUCCAGCGCAUACUUGCCAUUGUCGACCCCAACAAUUCCGGCUACGUGCAGUUCGAUGCUUUCCUCGACUUUAUGACUCGAGAGUCGACAGACACUGACACCGCCGAGCAGGUCAUUGACAGCUUCCGCAUUCUGGCUGGCGACAAGCCAUACAUUCUGGCCGACGAGUUGAGGAGAGAACUGCCGCCCGACCAGGCCGAAUACUGCAUACUGCGAAUGCCGCCGUACAAGGGACCAAGUGCCAUAGCGGGUGCCCUCGACUACCGCUCGUUCUCGACCGCUCUUUAUGGCGAGUCGGAUUUAUAAGCUCAGCGAAAACGAACGUAAACAAAAACAGAAGUUAAAAAUCAUAAAACACACGCAAACAAAUAUGAUCGCAAAGCAAGAUAAUAUAAGUAAAUACGUACAUACACACAUUUUAGGAUCUCUCAAGCGCGAUUCGUCAGCACAUGCGACCGAUUUUCUCUGCUCGCAUCGCCGCUAACAGUCACGGAUAUAAUUGCGAUACGAUGCAAGUGCGAUCCGAGUACUUAAAUAUAUACAAAAAAAAGCAGGGAGAGAAAACUGUUUACAUAUUGGCGGAGAAAAAAAUGUAUACAAGGAUACCUAAGACGAUAAACGCACAAUAGCAGUACAACCGUGGGGAAUCAAAUCAAUCGGUUUUUUAUAUGAUCAAGCAUACACGAAGAUUUUUUAAAUCAAAAUUUUUUUUAGCGAUUUAUACAUUUUAUAUACUCUUAUAGUCUUUUCGGUAAUAUAGACAAUAGAUCAAAGUCUUAUUUUGUUUAUCACGGAGAAACUUAAAGAGACUAUACGAUAUCGAAAUCAUAUCCGAAUGACAAAAUGAAUUUAACGUCCACACGUAAUCAACUAGAAUUUAAUGAGCUUUUUAAAACGAAUCAAUUGGGUGGAAUUUACACGCUAAAGUGAUUCGUAUGCCAAAUACAGAGUAUUUUGCCAUAUCCUAUAUUUUCGACGAUGAUGGUAAUGAUGAGUAUUUUAUUAUUAUUAUUUUUUUUAAUCGUCGUGAGAGGACAAAACGAAGAUGAAAGCAAUCAUUGUCGCGAAAAAUCAUGAAUUUUAUAUGUAAUAACUUUCGCGCAAGCAUUUCUAACUUUGCGAUAGCCGUGUUCGCAAACACUGCAGCGAAAUAAUGAAGUUGAACGAAAUAGAUUUUUUGCAAAGAGGAGGGAAUAAUCUGGCAAGUGUUACUCGUACUACUCGAAAUUGCAUGUCACAUGCCUAUUUUUUUAUGAAAGGAAAGUAUAAAGAAAAUAAAAAGUGACAAAGUGAAAAGAGAGAAGGAGAGAAAAAAGAUGAAUACGGCAAAAUCAACUCGCAACGAUAAAAGAUGGCCGUAUUUAACGUAAUUACUAUAUUAAUGAAAGAUUAAAUGCGAAGCUAUAAAAUAAUGAACAUACAAAUUAUUUAUUUAUUUGAUUUAUUACUUAUUUAUUAUGAAUAUUAUAUAUUAUAUAUAUCAAUAUAUACUGUAGUGAAAUGAAGUGAACUUUCAAAGUAUUUAUUUUUAUAAAUAUUUUUCGAAGCUACGAGAGAUCUUAAAAAAAGAAUCACUGUAACCGAAUAAAAACUCGUUUUAAGCAGUAAUUAUAACAUAUUCAUCUGUAAUAAAAUCGUGUUUUUGAUUAUUGUAAAUGUUUACAUCAAAAUCGAGUAAUAUGUUUCAAGGAAGUCAAUGUGUGCAACGAAAAUCGAAACCAUAGGCAUUGAAAUAAGUUUUCCUUUUGGCUUGAGGCUUUAAUGCUUUUGAAAUGUUAGUUAUUUCUUUUUUUGUUUGUUUUUUUUUUUAGAACCCGUCUUUCACGUUGCUUUUUGUCACUCUUUUGGCAAUCUUUUUGGUAAUUUUUUUCCAUCGUAUUUGAAAUUUCUCUCUUUGAAACGUUGAAAAAAUGACUUUAACUAAAAAACAAAAUAUAAAAAAAACGUUCGAUCGAGCUCAAAUUUUUGAAGUUUGAGCUCGCUAACUCGGAGCAAUAUACUGCACUUUAUAAUAUCUGUACAUAAAAUACAUAAUUUAAAGGUACAUUUUCUACGACGGUAGAUUCAUCGAAUAGAGAAAGAUCGACUGUCAUCGCGUCAUACGUCGUCAUAAUAAUAUAUGAUAUAAUACAAAAAAUGGCGUCUCAGCGAAUAUCUCGAAUUUUACAUUUGACAUUUUCGCUUUGCACCACAUUUAUGCACGCAAGAGAGCAAUAUAUACAUAUAAUUAUAAUUUUAAACUUAAUUUACUUUGUAAUUAUACAUUAUUAUAAUUUAAAUGAAGAAUGGAACAAAAGCCUGGUCAUCCCACAUCGCACUUCACAUCUCUACUCGACUAUACAGUGUAUUUUUCUCUUUCUUUUUUUGCCUAUUUCAUUUUUCCUCUACUAGUUUAAUAAAAAAUUAUAAGAUUGUAAAACGAAAAGAAGAAUAUGUGAGAAAAUAAAUGAGAAAAAUUCUUA